AUGAUGUCAUACUGCCUAAUUUAAAUGUGACGUACCUAUUUCCACAUUUAUGCCGGUGCGACCGAGUAGUUCGCUAUAAAAUUGCAUUUAUUUAAACGUUUCCAUUGUGAAUAAGUGAAAAAUGUCUCAUUAUCAGUUUAAAACAGCGGGUCCUCUCCCGCCACCAUCACUACCAGCAGACAAGCUCAGACUGUACCAUGUUGAUAUGAACCCAUACGGUCACAGAGUCCUUCUAGUAUUGGAGGCGAAGAAGGCCAAAUAUGAAGUGUACAAAUUGGAUCCGUUGAGGCUACCCGCGUGGUUUAAAGAGAAUAACAGGAGAUAUAAAAUCCCAGUACUGGAAGUACCGACAGACCAUGGCGACAAAUAUCUAUUUGAGAGUGUGGUCAUCUGUGAUUAUUUGGACGAGAAAUACCCGCGGAAUCCAUUGCAUUCCAGCGAUCCCUUCGUGAAAGCACAGGACAGAUUGCUUAUCGAAAGAUUUAAUGAGUUAAUCAAAGGUAGCCUGGAGUGCUUCGAUACAAACUUCGUAUUCGGCAGCGAACAAAUUCUGCAGACAAUGGAUAUUUUCGAAAAGGAAUUGGCGUUUAGGGGUACAAAUUAUUUUGGUGGAGACCGUCCCGGAAUGUUGGACUACAUGAUUUGGCCAUGGCUGGAACGCCUUUACCUCAUGAGGGUAGUCGACCAGCGAAAGUUUGACGAUAAACGCCACUAUUUUCCUAAUUUUGCGGACUGGGGUGACCUAAUGCAGUUGGAUGACGUGGUCAAAAAACAUUCGCGGUCACCGCAAGAAUACUUCGAUUACUACAAAAAUGUUAAAACGCAUUCGAUGGGAUUCUACCUUUAGAAGUACUUUCGUAGCUUUAAUGAAAUUCUAAAGAAUUUUUUAAUAAAUCGCCUUAUUAAGUUUUGUAAUUUUAUAAGGGUUACUCCAUACAGGACAUUCAAUCGAAGAAGACAUCGUAAGGAAACACGUCAAGUCGAGACUUACAUACGAGGGUAGUAGUUCGAUUGUGAUUUGUCAAAUGUCAUGUCAAUUGUCAACGCGUUUAGGAAUAGAGAUGUUUUAUGAGGAGGCAAAUAGGCAGGAACCUAAAGUUUAGUUUUCCCAUGGACAUCGAACACCAGAUGUGCUAGUACGUCGCCGGCCUUUGCGGUACGCAGUAGCCACUAAGUCGUAAUGUUUCAUCCCCCAAGCGUCAUCAUUAAAAUAUAUUUUUAAUCAAUAUUAUUUGUUGACAAUAUCUAUCUUAAAAUGUCAAAAUGCUUAUUCAAUUACUUUUUUAUUAAUAAAUAUAUAAGGAUAUAUAAGUAUAUAUUUACACUAGUCUUUUUUACAAUAAAAGUUGUGAUAUUGAUAAGUGUUAAAAAAUACCCUAAUCAAUAAAGUUAUAAAAAUGUGUAGUACAGAUUAAACUCUCGGAACUAUUAUAUUUAUUAUUUAUUAUAUUUAACUGUUAUCUCUAUGAAUUUUGUUAAUAUAAAUAUACGUCAAAUCAUAUGGCCCAUUAUGGAGGUAUAGGAACUGGAGUUAUUUAAUAUUAAGCUUAGCUAGUUUUGGAACUCGCUUCUUCGCUGUUUACAUGUUGUUUUUAUCAAAAACAAGAGUAAAUUAUAUUUUCUUAGUAUCUAUAAAAUUUUAUUUUAGUUUUUCUAUGGGUGCAGCUAAGUUAUCAUAAUAUGUACUUAAAAUUAUAUUUAAAUUAAUUUUUAAUUAUGAAACUCAACAUAAUCUAACAUUUUCAUGUGCGGUUUUGAAAAAACCUAUUAAGUUAUUUAGUUACCUAUUUACUGUUAUAUUUCCAAUUACAAUAAGGGAAUCAAAAUUACAGAGUUGUGAGAUAUGAAUCUUGUAAAAUAUCUUUUAAUAUUAGUUUUGUUGUAUUUUGCUUUAGUUCUUUUAAUAUUUUAUUAUUUCAAAGUCACAUAGGUUUAAGUCAACAAAUAACGCACAGAUUGUCACAAUGUUAUAUUUUCUAUAUUGGUAAAGUUAAGUAUAAAAUAAAAGGAGAUAUGUAAAA